CCUUUAACAAGGAAGUGUUCUGUUGCUUGACAGUUUGGUACAAAUGCGUUCAAGAAGUUUCCCGAUAUGAGCCUCGCGGUGAAUAUUUUGUGCUCAAUUCUUAUUGUAUGUUUCCAGGACAUCGUACAUUCCCUGAAUAUUUACAGAAAGCAAGAAUGGCCGGUUCCGUACAGGCGGGUCGAUCGACGCCCCGAAGCAGAUUCCUAUUGCGAGGCCCUGUACCCCUUCUGUCCCACUGGCGAUAGGGAUGGACGCAUAGCUUACUUCAGGGACUCGGAUGUGAUCUCUGUGUUUAGACUUCAAGCCCCAGUGUGGGAGUUCAAAUAUGGAGACGUGUUGGGGAAAAUGCACAUCAUGCAUGAUGCCAUUGGCUUCAGCAGUGCAGAGACUGAGAGGAACUACACCAUGGAGUGGUAUGAGCUCUUCCAGUUGGGCAACUGUACCUUCCCUCACCUUUUGCCUGAUGUAGCCGCUCCAUUUUGGUGUAACCAAGGGGCGGCAUGCUUCUUUGAGGGAAUGGACGACAUCCACUGGUCACAGAAUGGCACCUUGGAGAAAGUAGGGGAGAUAAAAGGCAGACAGUUCAAUGAAAUGGCCCAGUGGGUCCAAGAUGACAACCAGACAGGGAUUUACUACGAGACAUGGACGGUGCGUUCCAGUCCUGACUCCAACGCCACAGUGUGGUUCGAGUCCUAUGACUGCUCCCAGUUUGUCCACCGCACCUACCGGAAAUUAAAGGAGCUGGGGGCCAAGCUGUCCAGCCGGUCUCAAACCAAUUACACCAAGAUCUACCUUUACAGUGGAGAGCCCACCUACCUGGGGAAUGACAGCACCAUCUUUGGACAGGCCUCUAUGAAGAAACUUGCAGCUGAUAUCCAACAGUUCUACCACCCGUUCAGGCCGCAUCAGUCCUAUGUGGACUUAACCCUUAGUCUCAUGGAGGCCUAUAAGAAAGUUGUGAUUGACAAGAGUUUCUAUCUUUACUAUAACUUUGAGUACUGGCACUUACCCAUGAAAUAUCCUUAUAUUCAAGUAAGUUAUGAAGAAGUGCCUUUGCCCUAGCUGAUGUCAUUGGGGUAUGUCACUAGGGUAUAGGACAUGCAUGACUAGGGUUGAAGCAGUGUUUCAUGAGCUCCAUUGUUUUGUUCAUGAAGGAAAUAUGGCUAAGCCAUGUUGUAAUGUGGAGCCUAAAACUGCACUGAAAUACAAGUUCUGCCUAAACUGAUGUGCCCACAGUAUCAUUUCCUCUCUGAUCUACUCACAUGACUGUUUUUGUACAAUUGAAAGUGUUUAAAAAUAUACACAACA